AUGCCUUCUCCAUCCGACGACAUCCCAGUGACAUCCACCCUUACCCCUUCUCCUUCCCCACUCCCUACGUCCUCCGCUUUAUCUGGAGAUCCAUCAACAUCUUUCAGUCAUGGGAACGGACCUACCACAACCACUCUUCCAGCCCAUGGACACAAGCACCACGAAGGACCAUUGAUGUACAAAGCAUAUGUCAUGCCUUAUAGCUGGUAUUGGAUCUUGGGUGUAUUCGGAUUGAUGGUAAUAUGCCAUGUGUAUAGACAGGUGAAGCACGGAUAUAGAAAAAGGAGGUAUAUAAGGCGGAUGAACGAAAAUCAGACUUCGACUUAUAAACCAAUAUCCACUAAUGAUGAAACAGAAGAAGAUGAACAUCAACCACUUCAACCGAAUGCUGCUGAGUCAGCAACAACAAUAACAACAACAACAGAUUUAGACAAAGGACAGCCAAAUGGAUUCAGAAGGUUUACGACGGGACUAUCAGCAAGUUUUAGAAAUAAGAUGUAUUUGACUAGUUUCCCUUGGUGGUUAUAUGGUCCAGAAACGUAUAUGGAUGCGACGUUUACGAUACUGUAUUGCACGGUGUAUAUGUACUUAUGUCUACAUCUGACCGAUUCUUGGUUCCCACUACGGAAUGAUAAUAUAGCAAAUCGAUUUGGUAUCAUGUCAUUCUCGCAAUUACCUAUUAUCCUCUUACUAGUCAGCAAGAAUAAUCCCAUCUCUUCCUUAACAGGGAUAACAUAUCAAAAGUUAAAUUACCUACAUCGGGCAAGCUCAAGAAUAUGCUUGUUGACUAGUUGGGGUCAUGCGAUACUUUGGACACCUAGAGUAUGGAAGGCAAGGGAUUUCAGACAGUAUCUGUUAUGCGGUAUUGCUGCUCUUUUCGGCUUCACGAUGCUCUGGGUGACUAGUUUCAGGUUCGUCAGAAGGAUGGCAUAUGAGUUCUUUUUGGCGUCUCAUAUUAUCUUUACAAUUAUGUACCUAGUAGGCGCUUGGUUCCACUGGAGGUGGCUUGGACAAUGGGUCAUACCCGCAAUGGUGAUAUGGAUAUUCGAUCGACUACUGCGCUUUGCUCAGGUGAUAUACCAAAACAACUUCCAUAAACCCAGCAAAUGGGCUACAAGCGGUGAUUGUAAGAUAGAACUGUUAGAUCACGAUGUGAUGAGGAUCACUAUACGGCGAGAUAACUUCCAUUGGAAAGCCGGUCAACAUGCGUUCAUAUCUGCACCAUCGAUAUCGGGACUACCCCAUGAAUCCCACCCCUUCUCAAUCGCUAAUGUACCAACUGAAAUGACCAAUGAAGCAUAUUUCUUGGUCCGAGUGCAUAGUGGCUUCACAAAACGACUACGCACUUCCCUAUCCUCCGAUCUUGCCACCGAUAUCCCGCUAUAUAUCGAAGGACCAUACGGGUACCCUCAUGCCUUGGAUUCAUAUUCAACCGUGUUACUACUGGCAGGAGGUACAGGAGUGACCUUUGUUUUAGGUCAUUUCUUACAGAUACUCCAGAACCUACGCAAAGGGAAAUCUGCAGUCAAGAAAUUGCAUCUGGUAUGGCACAUAAGGCAUGCAGAGGAUAUCGAAUGGAUUGCUCCGCUUCUCAACCAGGGUAUCCAGGACUCGUUGGAGGUUCAAAGUGAUAUCGAAAUCACGAUAGAUAUAUACGUUACGAAGACACAUUCGUCCGACGAACCUUGGCCACCUGAAUUGGAUAUCCACCUCAAUGAUGUGAAUCAAGCACUUCAUUCGAUUGGACCUAGGAUACUUCAAUUGAGAGGACAGGAACAAUGGGAUGAUGGUUGUCGAACCUGUACGCCUGUAACGCCUAUGGUGGAAUCGAGAGAUGAACCGAUCUUAUUACCCAAGCGACAGGUAGUACUGGGUAGAUUUGGCUUGAGCGCUGAGACGGCAGAAAAAGUGAAUUGGAGGAAAGGAAGAGCGGAUUUGAGGCAAGUCGUUAAGGCUGAUGUGGAGAGUUCUGUUGGACCGAUGAACGUUUCGGUCUGCGGUCCAGUCCAAUUGCUCCAAGCGUCAAAAGCUGCUGUGAGGGAAGUAUCAAAUAUGAAAUCUUGUAUGGAAGGUAUGGGAAGUAUAGAUUUCUUCGAAGAAACUUUAGGAGCGUAA